AGAGAGAGAGAGAGAGAGAGAGAGAGAGAGAGAAGAAGAAGAUGAUUGCUCUUCAAAUGUUGAGAAAAUCAUCGCAGACUCGAUCGAGAAAGCAAUUGUCGCGGCUGUUCUCCACUAUCUCUCAACUUUCUUUGCAGCAAUCGACGCCGCCUUCUUUCGGCAUUGCGUUUGAUAUAGACGGCGUCGUCUUACGCGGCAACACUCCCAUCGGCGGCGCUCCGCGAGCUCUCCGGAGAUUAUACGAUGACUCCGGUGUCCUGAAGAUUCCUUUUAUUUUCUUGACAAAUGGAGGUGGUGUUCGUGAAUCAAAGAGAGCCGUGGAAUUGUCAGAGCUCCUUGGUGUAGAGAUUUCUCCUUCACAGGUUGUGCAGGGUCAUUCACCUUUUAAACAGCUGGUGAACAGGUUUGAGAAUGAACUAAUUGUUGCUGUGGGAAAAGGUGAACCUGCUGCAGUGAUGUCCGAAUAUGGAUUUAAGAAUGUGAUUCCGAUAGAUGAGUAUGCACUAUGCUUCGAAAGCAUUGAUCCGCUGGCACCAUACAAGAAAUGGAACACCAUGGAGGCUGCUGUCAACAGCACUAGAAAAUGCAGCAUUAAGUCACAGAGAGUUCAGGCAGCGUUUAUUGUUAGUGAUUCAGUUGACUGGAGCAGGGACAUUCAGGUUCUUUGUGAUAUUUUAAGAACUGGAGGUCUUCCUGGAAGUGAAGAAGGACCUCAACCACCUCUGUAUUUUGCACAUGAUGACCUUAAAUACCAGGGUGCUUUUCCUUCUGAGCGUUUUGGCAUGGGAGCUUUCAGAAUUGCAUUGGAAUCGAUCUUCAAUAGCAUUCAUUCCGAAGCCCUGAGGUAUACAUCCUUAGGAAAGCCAAAUCCAGUUGCAUUUAAGAAUGCUGAAGUUGUGCUAAAGCUGCUAGCCUCAUCCCUUUAUCAUGACCAUGCACACUCUGGAAGUCACGAUUUCAGAACACUAUAUAUGAUAGGAGAUAAUCCUUUUGUUGACAUCAAAGGUUCAAUGCAGGCCGGGCACCCUUGGUUUCCCAUCUUGACGAGGACCGGGGUUUUUAAGGGAGAUCGUCAAUCUAACCAUGUGGAAUUUCCAGCCAAUCUGGUUGUUGACACUGUGGAAGACGCUGUGAACUUCAUUCUGAGAAAUGAGUCAUACGAACCAUAAAUUAGCAGCUGAACCAGAAGGAUUAGAUACAUUCACCCAUUCAAGUUCUUCCCUCCUUUAGAUUCAAUAUCUUAAUCGGACUCAAACCUGAUAUAUGCUGUUUAAGAGAAUUGGUUUUGAUUUUUUUUCUACAUUUUACUUCUCCAAUUCAAAGACGUGUAUUGUGUGCAGCAGGGAUGUGGGAAGUAAGAAUCAGAUCUUGUGAUGUCCAAACACAGUCAUAAUCUUAAUUUUUUCUAUUAUUGUCAUUAAAAAUGUACGGCUGCUUAAGGCAUUUACAGA